AUGCUCACUGUCAUCAACAGCGAGCUCAAGCCCGCCCUUCUAAGGCGCCGCUCAUCCCGCUUGCCCAUCCCAAAAUGCAUAUGGAACGCUGCACACACCCAUGCGCUAGUCAUCGUCACCGCCAAUGUUGACCCUGGGGCGCACCAAUGGGUAGACAUCGAAAUUUUGGAUUCAACACCCCACCACAACAUCUGCCUCUCAAAACACAACAUUAAAGGCGAGACGAGACUUGCUGUCACAGCACAUGGCAAGGGGGAGGUUGGAGUGUGUUUCAAGAAUUACCUAUCUCCCGAGAUCAAACUAGACAUAGCGCAGAAUAUGAGGCGCACUGUCGAUCUCGAUAUUUAUAUUGGGGCUGAUGCUGUUGAAUACAAACUACGCAACUGCGCUCCCAGCUGGCAUUCACCACAACACUCAGGCUUUCAUACAUAUAUCACUUCUGCACUUUUUGCUCCUGACUCCCCAAGACCCUUACCCGUUCCAAUACCUUUCCUUCUAGCUCCCCCACCACAACCGCUUUACACUCCAGAGUCACCUCACAAACCUGUUCUUCAGCGCACAGUCACUGAUAUUUAUUGGAAGACACCAGAAGUAGAUCGGGGGUCAUUUGCAACUCCGCGUUCCAUUGCAGAAUCCUCUUCCAGCACUUCCCGCAUCGUAUCAAGCUCUGCGUUCGUAUCAGCGCAACCCUCACCUUCCGCGAUAUUCUACAAUCAAUUAUUGAUGAUCAGCCGCGGCAUCAGUGCAGAGCGUCAUCGCCACUCCAUCGCUACGCCGAAAACUGGUUUGAAUAGCCCUGGUUCUAGAUCUCUCGCAAACCGUCUCCUCGGCACUGUCACUGGCAGUUCAAUCGGAAUUAUGAUAUACAAUUGUUCAUCACAGGCAUCGCCUGCACUAUCAAUGGAGAUCAGAGCGUCCUAUGAGCUCGAUAGAAUGCUAGGCAAUGGUGAAGUUAUUGGAAAACUUAAAACAUCGUGGCAUGAGCUACUCGAUCACGGAGAUGAGCCUUUUGAACUGUCCUUCCCACCUGUCUGCGGUGUCCGCCCUUCCCUCACACUAAAGGCGGUUGUUGUACACACUUGCGACAAUCAGCACGGUACACCGUUUGAUUCCCUCGUAGACUGUAAAAUUGCGCGAGACACAGAUGCAGGCCAAGUACGAUUCGCCCAAUACAUGACACACAAGAGGGUCUCUCACCUGAACAAUGCCUUGAAGCAGUUUCAGUUGGUUCUGGACCAGUGUCCAGUCGGCCAUCCUGACCAUGCAACGGCUCUCACCAACCUUGCGUGGGCCCGCCUUCUAGGUUGUAUUCAAAGGGAUCUUCAAGACAUCGACAACAUCACUUCCCUCUUCCGUGACGCCCUUGCAUUGCGUCCGCAGGGCCACCCCGAUCACACAUUAUCUCUCUAUUGUCUCAUUCGAACAUUGAACUGGCACUACAACAGGGAGCGCACCGCCAUCCACAUUCACGAAUCUGCGCAGCUGUGCUGCAAGCUACUGCCCCUCUGUCCAGAGGGCACCUACCUUCGUAGCAUCGGCCUAGACAGCGAGGUCAAUUAUGUGAUCCCGCAAUGCAACAAUAUUCCAAUUGAUGCAUCCAAUGAAGGCAUCCACCUUCGACGAAACAUGCUCAAACUUUGUCCUUCGGGCCAUCAACACCGUCCCCGCACCCUCGACAAGCUUGCACAGGCAGUUGAGGCACACUUUGACCGGCAUGGCAGCAUUGGUGAUCUAGAAGAGAGCAUACAGCUUGGUCGUGAAGCUGUUUCUCUAUUCCCCGAGGAACAUUUGGGCCGUGAUACCUACCUGAAUAACUUGGCAUUCUCACUCAACUCCCGCUUUAAUCACCAAGGCAAAUUUCAUGACCUCGAUGAAGCCAUCACCUUGUACAAAGAAGCACUGCGACUGCGCCCUGUUGGGCACGAAUGUCGUGAUUCUUCAUUAGACAACCUAGGGCUUGCCCUCCGCAACUGUUUCAUCGAACACGAUGACAUUGAUGACAUCACCCGAGCUAUCAGCCUCCAUCGCGAGGCAUUGACAUUGUGCCCAUCUGGAAAUUCAAAUCGUGAUACUACACUCAACAACAUUGCCCUCACGCUUCAAACCAGAUUUGCAACAUCGCAUGUCAACGAGGAAUCUGCCGAGGAUCUUAACGAGGCCAUUGAUCUGUAUCGUGAAUGCCUUCGGCUACAGGGGCAUAAUCAUCCCACGUGCCAUGCAACUCUUCUCAAUUUGAGCUCGGCGCUCUGCUAUGGUUUCACGCGAACUCAGAAGAAUGAAGAUUUCAAGGAGGCAAUUGAUAUCUGUGGAGAAUCAUUGUUGGCAUUGCCUUCAUUGCACCCGCAUAGAUACUUCAGCUAUCUGUGGCUGCAGGAGGCCUAUUUGCAUCGAUUUCCAAAUCGCAUUGUGACGGCCCGGAAGUGGGUCACCGCAGCAGAGCAGCACAGUCAUACGUCUAUGCUGGAGGCCUACAACACAUGUUUUGACCUUCUUGAUAGUCAUCUAGUAACACGAUCAUCGACAAUUUCACGACGCGAAGCUGCCACUGCCGCUGCCUCCCGUAACACCAGAUCACUGCCUGUUGAUGCAGCAUCGUGUGCCGUCCGCCUCGACAAUUUACGACACGCAAUCGAACUUGUGGAGUGGGGUCGUGGCCAACAGUGGUCAUUGGCCUCUCGUCUGAGGAGUCCACUCAAAGACCUUGAGUCCACGAAUCCAAUCUUAGCUCACAAGUUCUCAGAGCUGAGCAAGUCAAUAAAGUACAGGAAACUGAUGGAGCAGUGGGACGCUACGGUAGCUCAAAUCCGUAAUCUUCCAGCUUUCUCGCGAUUCCUGCUCCCGCCAUUGUAUGCAGAGUUGCAAGUGGCAGCACGUCAUGGACCAGUCAUCAUCUUCAUUGCAAGUCAAUACUCAUGCAGCGCCAUCAUCGUCCCGACGUCAGGGGAGCCUCACCACGUUGCCUUCCCACGCAUCACUCUCGCAGAUGUGGAGCAGCUCAAGCACGAUUUCGCUAUGGCAAUCAGGCACACAGCUUUAUGGGACAAGAUCAUGCUGCCCAUCAUAAACGUCCUCCAGGAUGACCUGAAAUUGCAGCGUCAGUCUCGAAUAUGGCUUUGUCCGACAGCAGCCUUCAUGUCCAUUCCUCUCCAUGCAGCUAACCCUUUUCAGUCGAGGGCAGACCGCUCAGGGCCAGAGGCAUGCCUGGAGGAUAUAUUCAUCUGUCCUUACACGCCAACACUUUCGGCUCUGAUCAGGUCUCGACAGACAAUGGAGACUUGCAUCGCACAGACCUUCGCAGCGAUCGGACAAGGUGAGUCUGGUGCAGAUCAAGGCAAGGUGCUCCCCGCUGUCAACAUCGAGCUUGAGCUUGUCCAUGAACUCAUUCCUCCCAAUGUCAAAUUAACUAAUCUUUCAAAAGAUGAAGCCACUCAAGCAGGUGCACUCAAUGCUUUGCGACAUAACACCUGGGUGCACCUCGCUUGUCAUGGGAAGCAAGACCUUGAGCAGCCUUAUAAUUCAAGUUUCGCCAUGAGAGACAAACCCCUUGCACUACUCGACAUCAUGGAGAACAAUUCUCCGCAAGCCAAGUUCACGUUCUUAUCAGCGUGUCACACCGCCGUUGGCGAUGAGGUGGCGCCUGACGAAGCCAUCCACCUCGCAGCUGGACUCCAGUUUUCCGGUUUCAAGAGCAUUGUAGGCACACUGUGGGGGUUCAAUGACGCUCUCGCAAAACACUUUGUGGAAGCCUUCUACGAGAAGAUGUUCGAGGAUAUGGAGGAUGGUGUCAUGGACUGCACGAAGGCGGCGCAUGCAGUCAACCAUGCUAGAGACUCCGUGAAGACGAAGGUGCCGCUCGAGCAGAUAAUCGUUUUUGUUCAUAUUGCCUCGUCUUCUGCUUGA